AUGGAUGAUUUUUUGUGGCGAGGAGCGCCGAUGACACCCGAGACCCGGUAUGGAGCCCAGCGCAACUGGAGUCGGCGACUUGAGUCCGCAGAAUUAUUCAAGGGCGAGGCAAAAGUGUGCGCUUGGCGUUGGGAACCACAGAUGCCGCAGUCGCCAAACUUUCCGCCGUCGACAGCCACGAGUGCGAUGCAGGCCACGACGACGGCUGCGCGUCGGUUGUCCGCCGCGGACGCCUCAUGGUCCAGUGGUGGUGUCAACAAGCGAUCGUCUCUGCCGCCGGGGUUCCGACCCCUCGGCCACGCUCUGCAGCACUCUUCAGCUGGCAAGUACUCGUACAAUGCCUCUCCGCUGCAGCGAGCACUGACCCCCCCUCCUCCUGACAUGCUGGGACCCAAUGACGCCGAACCUUUUCCCUCUGUCGAGUCGGUGGAGAGCGCGGGAUCGGGAGCAAAGAUGCAACCCACGUCCACCAUGUCAUGGUCUCACCACGAGCAGACUAGUCCGCUGCAGCAGUAUUCCCAUGGGGGUUACCAACACUCACAGUCAUCUUCGUUUGGCAGCAAAUCGGAAGUGUUGGAGAUUUACUGUGCAUCUUGUGGUCGGCCCUGGCUGCUCAAAAAUGCCUUUGCCUGCACCGAGUGCAUCUGUGGCGUGUGCAGCGACUGUGUUGGACAGAUCAUCAGCAGCUCCCCAGCCCAGGUGACUGUCCAACCAGGAAUCGCGCCGAUGCGCCGCGGUUGCCCCCGCUGCGGAGUCAUGGGCGGGAAAUGGAAGCGAUUUCAACUGGAUUUUCGAUAA